CGGCGUACGAGAAACCAUCGCCAGAACGCAGCGAAUGCCUUGAGCGUUUGCAAAGCCUCGAACGCCAAGUGUGCGACAUGACAAACGAGUUGUAUAAUGAAGCUGAGGGGAAUUGCUUUGCAUUCUUCAAAUGCAGGUGAAUUCCACGAGAUUGAGUUCCUCAAACAGCACACUAUUUACACAAUUCUGCUCAUCUCAUUCAUGGGACCCCGACAUGCUCGAAUGCCCCAGGCCCAUUAUGAUGGCUCGAACGUGAUUAUCUACAAGACCGAACUUUACGAUUUCACCAAGGACAGGAGCGUCAAGGCCCUGACACUUUUCUCACGAUGGGCAGCUUCGUCUGGUGUUGGGGACACGAGACCAAAGAAAACCCAACUCGAAAGUCGCUCGCUGACAGUACAGUGGUCCCUUCGCGCCACGAAGUUACAGUGUAAUCUUUACUCCUUUUGGCGUUUGGUUUGAUUUGAUCUCUUGAUGGUCGACAAAGUGGCGUUGAAAUUGGGCAAUUUACUUGCUGUGUCGCUUUCCUGUGUUGGGUAUGUUGAAUAUGUUGAAUCGCGUGUUUGUACUCUGUAUCAUCAGACGGAGUCUUUCCAAGCACUUCUAUAGAAUCCUGACUGCACCUACAAUAUCACGAACACAUUCUCCAG